AUGUUCUCGUUCAUGAGACGUACACAGAGUGGGAAGGAAGAAGACGGUACAAGAGAACGAGAAGACUCGCCUUUAAUAAAGACACCGGAAGUGGUGAAGAACAGAUUACCUGGGCAGAGCGUGGAUGACGAUGAUGACUUGGACGAGGACGACCUGUCACCGCGAUAUGGAGCGAAUGGAGCAACAUCGUACUUCGUGCAGCAGCAUGAGAACUUCGAGGAUGACGAGGUGGAUGGUGAAGAUGGAGGGAACGAGGACGAAGAUGCGGUAGACACGCCACUAUUACCUAUCUUUUCGGCGGCACAUCUGGACAAGCUGCCACUGUACAACAUCACACAUGCUAUCAGGCUACUCAUCGUACAAAGAGCGGAGACCACAUUAUCUUGGGACCAGCUACGCAGUCCGCAGAUCAGUCAGUUCCUGAUCAAGCCCAUACAGAACCAGUUCCAGAAGGAGGUUCAGCUAAAUCCAGGCAAUGCUGGCAUAUCGAAAACCAGGGCGUUGAUCAGCGAGCUUCUGGCCAUGAGGUUGGUGAAAGAGUUCACCACACGCGAGCUGAUAGAUGCACUCUCCUACGACUUCGACCCUUUACAGGGCAUGACUGCCCCCAACACAGGCAGGAGUACACCAGGCCCGGGCAUACACCACGACCUCCAGGCACGUCAUGUUCAAGCAAGAGCGGCUCGCGUGAGCACCAUUGAGGUCGCCAUUCGAGCUCAAGCUAAACGCUUCCUUGCACAUCCUCUCGUCGUUCAGCACCUCGAGGCGAUCUGGGCAGGCACGGUAGUCUUCCAUUUCGAAGCAGAUACGCUGCACCGAAGACCCGAGCGACGCGAACGCGAUAGACGAGAGCGAGCUGCAGCAGGCUAUGGUACCAUGAACCAGCACGGACCAAGCUCGUUGCCGGCUGACAAUGUUCUCUCGCGGAAGGCCACGAACACUACUGCUGGCUAUCGUCUUCUUGAAGCUGGCCCGGGUCGAAGAUCAGUCACCCUGUACGACCCAAGAGACGCGUCGUUGUUCAAAUUGAGUCGUCUUCGAGUACCACGCUAUCGACAAGUCUUCAGCACUAUGAGUUUUGCGAUAAUGCUCGGUCUGUUCAUCGCCGUACUUGUCGACCGCAGUCUCUACAUCACACCGCUCGAGAUUGUCUUCUGGAUCUGGUCAGCUGGCUAUAUGUUGGACGAAGUCGUUGGCUUCACCGAGCAAGGCUUUGGUCUAUAUAUCAUGAGCUUCUGGAACGCUUUCGACCUUGGCAUCCUGGGUCUAUUCGUGUGCUACUACUGCUUGCGAGUGUACGGCAUCAUUCUAGCCGAUCAAGGCAAGCACCGUAUCGCCAACAUGGCCUACGAUGUUUUAGCAUCAACUGCGGUCCUACUGUUUCCACGAUUGUUCAGUGUGCUUGAUCACUACCGGUACUUCUCGCAGCUGCUGAUCGCCUUCCGUAUGAUGGCGCAGGAUCUUGUGGCCAUACUCAUCCUGAUCCUGAUCUCCUGCUCUGGCUUCUUCGUGGCUUUCACUCUCUCCUUCUCGGACGAUACUACGGAUGGUCAAGCUGUGGCAUAUGCACUGUUUCAAAUACUCAUGGGCUUCACACCAGCCGCAUGGGAGAAGUGGCAUGGUUAUAAUGUGCUGGGCAAGGCUAUCAUGACCAUGUUCUUGGUCAUUUGCCACUUUUUGAUUGUGACCAUCCUCAUUACCGUCCUCACGAACAGCUUUAUGGCAAUCGUGCAAAAUGCGAACGAGGAGCAUCAGUUCUUGUUCGCAGUCAACACGAUCUCUAUGGUCAAGUCUGAUGCAUUAUUCAGCUACAUCGCUCCCACGAAUGUGCUGAGCUGGCUUAUGAGCCCGCUGCGGUACAUCGUACCAUUUCGGCAGUAUGUCAAGCUCAACAGAACAGUCAUCAAAGUCACGCACUUUCCGGUUUUGGUCGUCGUCUUCGCAUACGAGCGUGUCAUCCUCUCUGGCCUUGCGUACAAUCCUACCGAUCUCAUCGAGAAGCCCGCACGGUCGCAGACCAAGCCACUUGCAUUCAGCUUCAACAAAGCGCCCGAGGUCCUUAGUCCAGGCCGAAGACUCCGUGAGCCGUCUGUCAUCAGCUUUCACAAGGAUCGCGCAUUGGACGAGGUCUUCCGACGACCGUUCCGCGGCAGUACAGUACGUACAACGACUCGCGAGAUGGACCCAGAACGCCGAAAUUCUACCAAUGUCGUCGAUAGCUGGAUGCAAGUCGCUGAGAAUGAAGGAGGUGCUAGUCCACCAAUAGAGCAACCUAGAAGUGUCCUCGACCGGUUAGAAACUCGCCGACCUGGUGCGCGGCGAGCCAACACCACUGAACAGUAUCGGCAGAAGCAUCUUCGCAACUUCUCACCGGCCGCGAAGAGCGCAGUCAGCGACCCAGAUCUGAUGUCGCUAGCAGCAUCGAGAAGGCCGCAGCGGAUCGACGAGGAAGAAGAACCCGUGGAUAUCAGUACAGAUACACUGCCGCUGGAAACAGGAGAUGAAGGAGAUGAUGAGCACAACGUCGAAUCUGAUCGACGUACCACGCCAGCUAUCGGGAAGAGUGCUAUCUCGAUUGCAGAGAAGGAGAAUAGGAAGCCAGGCCCGGAUGACAGUGAUGGGGAGUACUUCCAGACACCCACAGCAGGCAGAUCAACAUACUUGCACAUUUCAUCCGCAGCUCGAGCUCGCAUGCAGGACUCACUGGAUAUACCCCCAUCAAGCAACGCGCCACCUCGCAAUCCGCUCCUUCGACAGGCCCACCCCCGCAACGCCUCCACAGGCACGACGUUGUUCGCACCUACAGGAGAAGACCCUUCCGCCACUUCACCACUCCGCACAUCACGACCUGGCACUGCUCGCCAGACGGAUAGCGGCGGUACCACGACGCCUGUGCCAACCAAGGCUCUGGCCUCAGGUGCUCGCACGCCCAAACCCAAACCUACACGUGCCCGUCCCAUCAUGCCACCUCGGCAACAGACUGCACCGAAUGCGAUUGGAGGAUUGUCGUUCUUCGACAUCGGACGCCAGAACAGGAGACAGCCUUCUUUCAAUGCCCGAGCUCUGGAUCUCGCAAGUGAAAUUGGUGAUAAUAAAUGGGGUCCUGCUGGCAUCGACGCCGGUGGAAUAUCCGGUAUGCCUGCUUCGUUUUCGGAACAGCUGCUUCGCGAACGUGAUCUCGAGCGUAUGCGGGAGGAGGAGAGGAAAAGAAGUGAGGCCGAGGAGAAGGGCAUGGUGAAUCGCAUUAUGCUGGCUCGUAUGCAUACACUCGAGGAAGGCUUCAAAGAGAUGCUGAGGGAGAUUAAGGAUAUGUCCUCUCAUCAAGCAGGCACGGGAAGUUCGAGAAGGGAUAGCGAGGCUGAUAUGAGAAAGCCUAUUCGACCUAAAAUCGAGACUGCGAGGACGAGUGGCAGUAUAGAAGGACUUGUGCCGCUGACACCUUUGGGUAGGAAUGUAGCGGAGGGCAAGAGUAGGAAGAGCCCGAGGAAGUUGCAGAGGAGAGGGACUAAAGGCAAAGAGAUCGAGAGACCUAGAAGCUCGAUGCGGAUUCGAGAGCACGACCCGGAUAGUCCGCAGAGUAUCAGGUCGGUGAUCGAGCCGCCGAGGGAUGGUGAGCAGGCAGUCGAGGCUGCAUCGAGGCCGGGCACUGCGAUGUGGUCGCCGGAUCGCAAGGAAGAGGAGUAA